AUGAGACGUAACAAGGCUGUCGUCGAAGACCUCCUAGCCGACAUCCCUGGUGUUGUCACAGUCCAGUCCUCUCCAUCACGAUCCCAACCCAAACCAAAGCAAAAAAUGGUGAAGAGGGCCAAGGAAAAAGCCUCUUUCACCCAAGUUGAGUAUAAAGAUACAGUUUCAAUCUCAAAGGCCCCAGUUAUCACAAUUGAGGACAAGCCAGCCAGAGUGGGUGACAGUGCUAUCGACAACAUCGAAGUCGUUGUCGCCCUCUCCACUGCACUACUCUUUCCAACUGACCUCAACCAUAUGGCCGAGGUCAGCGAAUAUGAGAAUUUCGCUCUGAUGAUGCAGCACUCCGUAUUGACAAUCCAGCACGCCUACACCUUCGCAAUGAAGGCUGAGGAGUUAAAGAAGGAAUUGGUCCAUAAGACCAAGGAAGCUGCUGGCUUGCUUAAAUCUUUAAACAACGCCGAGGACAAGAUGAAAGUCCUGCUAGAUCAGGCCAAGGCAGCUAAACAAGCCCAAGAUCAAGCUGAGGAAAAGACAGGUGCUGCCGAGGCUGUUGCUGAGGUUCUCAAGGCUGAAAUAAAAGAGGCUGAAGCAAAAACUGCCAAAGCCCAAGCAAAGCUCCGAAGGGCCUUGGCCACAAAAGAGGCCGAAAUCAAAGCGGCGGACGAAAAGGCUUAUGCCGAGGGGGCAGCCGACGUCUGUGAGGAGUACAAAAAACAAGCUGCUCUGAAGGAGUUGGCUAUCCCCGAGGAUUCUCCUCUUUAUGAUGAAGGCCAACUUGCAGUGCCAUUCCCUCAUGCUUCAAGCCAGUCUGAGGCUAAGGUUGGGGGGAAAGAAGGAGAAGAAGAAGAUGAAGAAGAAGAAAAAGACGAAGAAGCCGAGGUGGCAGUCAAUGCUGAGGGUUCUACUGGGGCUAAGUCCCCCACUCUGAAUGAGCAAGUUCUAGACUUGACUCAGGAUGAAGAUGACGAGGUCUUAAAAAGUGCCUCUCCUAAGAAGACUAUAUCCGAGGUGCCAAUCAUCGAGAAGAGCCUCUAUCAAACUUUGUAA